CCUUCCCAAAAGACUUUCCGCACCAAGAUCAAGCUCGCGAAGGCUGCUCGCCAAAAUCGGCCCAUUCCUCAAUGGUUCCGCUUAAAGUCGGACACAAAAAUUCAAUACAACGCCAAACGACGCCACUGGAGACGUACCAAGCUCAACAUCUAA